AUUGAGAAAAAAAAAUAUAACAAAGGAAAUUGAUUGAAAAGUGAUAGAAAAGGAAAUUUAAGUGCUAAAGUUAAUUUUAAAACGAAAAAAAAAUUAAAUUAAAAAAAUGGAAGAAUUAGACAUUCGAGAUAGGCUUUUGUCAGAGGGAACUGACGAUGAAAGUGACGGAGACAUUGUCACAGAUUUCUUAGAUAUCGAUCAUCCGCCGACACCAACAUCAACUGUCGUCAUUGGUAUCAAUAGCAGCAACGUUAGUAACAACCCAUUUCUCGUUGAUCCAGCCACGAUCCCCGUUGUCGUCACGAAUCACAGCAGCGGCAACAAUAACAACAACUCGUCAAUCUUCCUAACCAACAACAACAAUCAUCAUCAUCAUCAUCAUAACUCGCAAAUUCCCAACAGUGUUAAUAAUAAUAGUAUUUUAGUGUUAAACCAAAAUAAUAAUAGCAAUAACAAUAUGAAUAAUAACAACACAAAUAACGCUAGCAACGGCGGAAGUGUCGUGAAUAAUGGCGGUGCUUCAACAAUCGGCAAUAAUAUGGUGCCAAUAAUUAGUGUAACGCCACAUAGUCCAGGUGCCAAGUACAAUUGUAUACUCGAGGAUACGCUAAAUCAGCUCCAAUGCAUUCGGGAAAGUGUUGUGCAGAUGAAAAAUUCCUCGCCAAAGAGCGCAAAUACACUCGGAUUGGUGCAAACAAGUAAAAUUUUCACGUCAUGUCCUGCCUUGAAUGAACUGAACGAAAAUGCGGGUUUCUGGCCUGUUGGCAAUAGCAUUUAUAGUGGUAUCAAACACGAUCGACGAAAGUCAUGGACCGCUGUGGAAGAUCUCUCGGAGGCUGUGAAAAAUGCUAAUGCCAAUAAUAAUUCUCAUAAAAGCAUCAGCUUAUCCAGUCUCGACAGCGAGGAACAGGAAUCCUUGCGAAUUGCCGAGCGCGUUCAUAAUCGUUCGAGUCGCAAUAGUACGGGAGGCAUUUCUACUCACUCACUCAAUGAAGCCGAAUUACAACGCGAUAUUGAACGACUUGUCGCUAAACGAAGCCUCGCACCAGCUAUUCGUCAAGUCCCCUUACAGAAAAGUAUUUCCACGCCGUCGAUUGCUCCAAUUCGACAAAAUGCCAAAGAGGAAAAUGUCUCGUCAUCACAGCAUCUCAGUGAUAGUGAGGACGAAACUCAAGACGAUAGAUCUCUUUUAUGUGUGAGAGACAAAAAUGAAUUUACAGCGACAGAUCUACCGGAGAAACGCCGGAAACGCGGCUCGUUGUUCUUUCGCAAGAAAAAGGACAAGAACAAAAACAAAGGAAACGCUACAAAUUGUGAUUCAUGUGGUGCAAUAAUUAACUUAGCUACGUACAAAGAACACGCAGUCGAAUGCAAAGCUAAGCUGGUCAAAUCGCAAUCGUCGAAAUUCGGGGGCAGCAAGAAAAAUACGAGCACCAGUCAUCAUCCCCAACAUGAUGAUAGUCGUGACACAUACGAUGGGCAUAUGCCAAAUGAGCAUUCAAAUUACACGGAAGAUGCGCCGCUUUUGCGUGAGGAAUUUCUCAACGAGGCUCCCGUUGGCGUUCACGAACUCGGUGCAGAGCCCGUUUUGGGCAUUUCGCUCGACGAACCCGACUCAUGGAGUCCAAGUGUGCCUCGCGAAGUCGUCAAAUCGCUCAAAGACAAACAAAUCAAGCGACAAGAGCACAUUUACGAGUUUAUUAUGACCGAAAAACAUCAUUGUCAGACGUUGCUUGUGAUGCAAAAGGUCUUUGUGGAGAGCUUGCAGAGGCAUUUUAGUCAUUUGAACUUGGAACGGAUGUUUCCGCGUUUGCAGGAGUUGAUGGAAAUUCACACAGGUUUCCUCAAAAAACUGCGUCUCAAGCAAAAGGAACGUCACGUGGUCGACACAAUCGCCGACAUUUUGCUCGACUUUUUCUCGUCGAUGUCGGCGCAACGUCUCAAAAGUGUUUACGGCGAAUUUUGCUCAAAUCAUCGAUCGGCGCUGAACGUCUUCAAGUGCUACCUGACGGAAGACGGCAGUUUUGCCGACUGGUAUAAACAUUGCCAACAAAACCCUUUGCUCAAGAAGAAAGGCAUUCCCGAGUGUAUUCUUUUCGUGACGCAGCGUCUCACCAAGUAUCCGUUGCUCAUUGAUCCGUUGCUGAAGUCGUCGCGCGAAGACAAAAUCGAACAGGAGAAACUACAAAAAGCAAUGUCUUUAGUUAAGGAAAUACUCGUUGAGGUUGAUGCGCGGGUCGCAGACAAGGAAAAGGAAGACCGGCAAUUGGAGAUUUUCAAGAGAAUUGAUGCCAAAUCGUACGCCGUUUACAAAAAGGAGAAAUUUAAGAAGUCGGAUAUCAUUUCGAGUAACAGGAAAUUGAAAUUCGAGGGAGUUGCAACUUUAAUGCAGGGACGUUCAAAAAUGCAAACCGUUAUGGUUGUCGUGCUGUCGGAUUGUUUGUUUUUCUUGCAAGAAAGCAAUCAGAAAUAUACAUUUUUCACACCAGAAAAUAAGGCCGGUGUCGUUUCACUACAAAAACUCCUGAUCCGCGAGAAAGCAGGCACGGAAUCUCGUGGCAUUUACAUUAUCUCAUCAAAUCCUGCGUAUCCCGAGAUGUUUGAAUUGAAAGUACAAAGUCCCAAGGACAAAAAUGUUUGGAUUCAGUCAAUUAGGAAUGCCGUUGUGGAUUGUCCUUCCUUCGAAUUUGAACUCGAAGAUCAAUUAUCCGCUGAAGAAAGACAAAAACUUUUAGAACAGAAACAUCAAACGAUGCGAGAAAUCAUAACAGCUAGUGGAACUAGUGAGCUAGAAGGCAAGAUGCGUAUCAAGGACUUUGAACAGGCGAUUUUGUUGGAAGAGAAGAUCGCGUUGCAGCUGAAUUUACUGCUGGAGCAUCGUGCCAACAGCGGAAACACCGCAACACCCAUAAAUGUCGACACUUUGCUCGAAAGUUUCGGCACUUAUCGUGAUCUCGUGACAGACGAUUGUGAUACGGUCGAGAUUUGGCGUCGUGUCUUGACGACAAUUCACGAUGUGCAGAUGCUUGCCUCCUCGCUUUACACCGCAGCAACAGGUUUGCAAUUCGCACGUUCCUUCAGUUCGGUCGGGGAACGUCAAAGUGAGCUUUAUGUGUCGCCGACGCUUCCGAAACGCGCCGAAACGUUUGGCGGCUUCGACGAAAGACGGUCUCGGUUGUCGCGCGACGCCGUUUUAACCAAUAUUUCGUCGAAUCCGUAUCAAACGUUGGUCGCCCGGAGCGAUCACGACAGUGCUCUGGACUCGUAUUCGUUGAGUUCGACACGCACGAGCAACGACACGAUCAACCAGGAGAUGAUUAAGGAUCAGAAUUAUGCGGCGUUGCAAGUUUCGCAUCAUUUGCAGACACUUUUGUGCAUAAUUUCGCAGCAAAUGACGACAAUUGGGAGUUUGCAGACGCAACUUACGACGUAUCGGGAGAACCCGAAGAGCAUUUAUCGGCACAAUGAUCAGUUGGAGGAGUUGCGGAACUUGCAGGAUAAGUUGACGGAGGAGAAGGCGGAGUGGUUGAAGCAGCGCGAAGAGCAACAACGCGAAUUAGACGAGCAACGAUUACAACAGAAGCAAUUACAGGAGCAUUUGAGGAAGGAUCAGGAGGAUAUCAAGGAGCAACGAGAGCAGUUGUACCGCAAAAUGGAGUUGCUGUCGAAUCAAGGACUCCUGAUCUCACCUAAUACUCAACUUCCCGUACAAAGCAACGCAAACAUCACUCAAACCGACGAUUCUCAGCACGGGCAUGACGAAUCUCAUACGGAUUCUGCCGCAUCUCACGUCAUGGAUCGUCGAAAGGAGAAAUGGAGAAGUGCGAGUGUUCCCAAAACUCCUCCUGUGAAUCUAAUUAGCGCAACAAAUGCGCCAAAAGUGACUCCCGGUCAAAUUCCCAAACAAACGAUACCGUUGAAGUUGAGUUCUUCUUCAAGUACGAAAUCCAAUAGUAGUGGCUCUGCUAGUAGUAUUCUAUCUCCAAUAUCUGCUGUUUCGCAAAUGUUACCUUAUAAGCUUGCUGACAAUAAAAAGGGUUCUUCGUCAAACCAGCCAACAAUAAUUCCGCAUCAUUCGCGAACGGGCAGCAGUCCUGCUGUAAUUCAACAGCCCGCGCCGCCUCUGAAUCCGGCAACAAGGACAAACACUUACCCAAAACUCCCGGAACGUUAUCGCCUACGCAGCUCCGACGGAUACCCGACAUCGUCGAGCAACAUGCCUAACGCUCAUGCACACGAAAAACGAAGUGCAUCGGUUGUCGGUCAACUUCCCGUCGAUAUACGGCAAAUAACGGAACACAAUACGGCAGCGAAUGCAGCAACAACAACAACCGUGACAGUAAACAAAGGAGCUAAUGUGACUGCGACAAAUAAUAAGCAACCGCCAACGUCGGAGGAAGAAGAGGUGAUUUUCUUUUGAUGACCUCCGAAUGUCGAGAUACAAAUUUAAACACAUCAAAAAAAUCAUGAAAGGACAAUCCAACUACUAUAUUUACUGUUAAGAUUAGAGAAAAAACACACACAAGUCUUUUACAAAAACCAUUUGCUAAAAUUAAACAAACAAAAAAUGUUGUUGUAGAAAAUGUAACCUCAAGGAAAAAAAGGAAGAUUUCUGUUUUUAAAACUAGUCCGCGAAAUAUUUUUUUAAAUAAUUUUAAUUUUUUUUGUAUUGUA